AUGAGUCGGUCUCCAUCUUUUUCUGUGAAGCCUGAGCUUAGUAUAAAGCCUGAUCCUGAGUCUUUAAAACGAUGGAUUCAUGCAUUUUGCAUUAUGAGGUUUGAUCUUGAGCAAGGGCAGAUCUUAGAAGAGUGUUAUCCACCAGGUUAUCUCUCACAAGAAGAGGAAAUCGAGGUUUCGUUCAAUUCCUUUCCUGAUUCUGUCUCACAGCAUCAUAACCGUUCAAGCAUACAUGACUGCAUUUUCUUUUUCCGGUUUCGUAGACCAAAGAAGAACAAUGAGGAGGAGAGAGAUGGUGAUAGGUACUUGUAUGGUUAUGUAUUUAAUAGGCAGAGGCAUGAUGAAAGAUUGAAAAGGGGAGGUGAACAGAAGUCUGUGGUGAUUUUAUCGCAUACGCCUUACUCGAGUGUGUUUAGACCGUUGCUGCAAAUCAUUGGUCCGUUGUAUUUCGAUGUUGGAAAUAAGGCGAUUGAACAUAUUGCUGGUUAUGUCUCUAUGUGGCCUGCUCCUGUUCCCGGUAAGCUGAUGGAGUUGCCCAUUGGUAAUGCAAUGCUUAAGGUGAACUUGCCGCCUGCCCAUAGCCUUCCAUUGGAAAAUGGGAUUUUAUACGAGGAAUCUGCUUCUUCUAUGGCUCCUUUACUCCCUACAAAUCAGUCUGUUCCUCAAGGUCUUUUCCAUGAUGCGGAUCUUUUUGGCAUUUACCGGGGAUUAUUGUUGCAGCUAUGGACACUAUGGGAAUUGUUACUUAUAGGCGAGCCUAUCCUUAUCAUUGCGCCAACACCUCCACAAUGCUCUGAGGCAGUUGCUUGUCUUGUGAGUUUGGUUGCGCCACUAUUCUGUAGCGUCGACUUUAGACCAUAUUUCACUAUACAUGAUCCAGGAUUUGCUCGACUAAACUCACUCCGAGAAGGAGACACUUUCCCACCAAUGGUUUUGGGUGUCACAAACCUCUUUUUCCUUAAAGCUCUUCGCAAUAUGCCUCAUGUUGUCUCAGUUGGAACCCCUGCUCCAAACUCAAACCGUGUAGCCUUUACAAGUAGGUCGGCUGGUAGAAUACCCGGUAAAGCUGAAGGAUUAGGCGUUAAACAGCUUUCGUUAAGAACGUUCUCUCCUACAAAUUUGCUAAAUGCGGUAAAACUCAGGCGAGAUGGACCUCUGUGUCUCAUGACAGAGCACAAGGAAGCUGUCUGGACCACCUACUCUGCAAUAACAAAGCCAGACACUUCUAUUUUGAAUAGACUUAUUGAUGCUGGGAUGUCACCAAGGGUUGAGGAAUCAAUGUCAGUUGUGAAUAACGAGAUUCUGCGACGGCAUUUCUUGGAAUUAACUACGAAUUUCUUGGCCCCAUUUGGUCCAUAUUUUCAGGUUAAUGCCCCUUCUGAUGGUUCUUCCCCAUAUGUUACCCCUCCUUCGCUCCCAUCAUUCGGUGCUGAUGAAUUCCUUUCAAAUUUAUCUGCGAGAGGUGUAGGGAAGUUUUUGUCUAAACGCAUGAAAUCCAACUGGCCAGAUUUGUACAGGCGGUUUCUACAAGGACCCAACUUUAUGCCCUGGUUCCAAAGACGGCGUGCUGUUGCCGAGCAAGAGCAGCGUAGAUUAUGGAGGCUAGCAAGAAUGAAGACUAAUAUGCGACAGAUCACAUCUCAGAUGAAUGAAUUGGAAGCUGUGGAUUCCUUCAAUGCCAUUGAGAAACACAUUAAUGAAGAAGUCAUGUCACGAGAAUCAGGGAAAGGGGGUGCUGGUUCAGAAGCAACGUUUCAGAAACUGAAGAUUGAUUUGCAAGCUGUGUUCAGUGUACUUCCAAGGGACAUGCAGGAACUUCUGCUUUCAAAUCCGCAAAGAGCUUUACUUCUUCAAGACCAUCAGAGCUCCAAUGAAAUCCUCCUCUAA